AAUAAAAUAAUGUUAAAAAAAAGACUGAUAAAGAUAAUUGAUAACAAUAUUAUGUAAUCUAUUUGACAAAAUAGCUGAUGAAAGAACUAUAAAAUUCCUCUUCUGAUACAAAUAUGAUAUUGAUAUUUAAACCAGGAAGAACAAAAACUGAGAAAGGGAACUAUAGAACAAUAUCACUAAUAAUUAUUGAUUCAAAAUUUAAAAAAUACUAGCAAGAAGAUCACAUAAAUAUAUCAAAAGGAUCAUACCACGAUAAACCCUGGAACUAUAUGAUCACAACUACAGAACAGUAUUCAUAUAAAGUCAGAUCUAAACAAUUAGAAAAUCAUUAAUUUCUCAUGAAUAGGCUGAGCCAAUACAUUAUAAAUUACAAACUUCCUGAAUUAAUUCACUUAUUCAAUGCCUUAUCUAUCAAGCUACCCAAAAGUUAUCUCAUAGAGAUAGAAAAAAAUAAUAAAAUGUAUCUGGAAGAACAAAAGAGCCAGAAUAUCAAAAGAAUUAAUAGAAAAAAAAAUAAGUAGGACGGAGGCUUAGCUGUACCAGAGCUCAAACUAUAUUAUAAAGCAACAAUCCACAAAAUAAUCUGCUACUUGUUAAGAAAUAGAGUGGAGAAUAAGUGGGAUAGAUUAGGUACUCAAUAUGCAAUGCUAAAUGCCCAUAGUAAAUGAGUGUUUGGCAUAAAGGUCAAAGCUUUUGGAAGAAGAACUCGGUAUUUGAAAAAAAAUCUUCUGAGAAAACUGGAAAACAGUAUGGCAGAAAUUAGGCAUAUUGUCAUAGACCAACACUUCAUGCCAUAUACUAAGGAAACUCAAAAUGGAUACAUGAUUUAGAAAUAAGGGGCAAUAACAUAAACAGAUUAUGGAAGUACAAAUUUGAUUUAUUAUCAGAUCUAUGGAAAAGGUAAUAAUUUAGAUCAAAACAGGUAAUAGAGAACAUUAUGGAGAAAAUAUUAAGAAUUAUAUGUUUCAAUUUGUUCUUUGACUGCAUUUGUUUCUUCUCUUGUGGCGAAUAUCCUUUUUUUCCAGCAAUUAUAAAUCUCUUGGAGUUGUACUGGAUCUUUACAAGAGUUUUGCUAUUCACAGUUGAUCAUCUUAUAUGAUUGUCAUUAGUAUAUACAACAUUCUCCUUGUUCUGCUCACUUCACUUUGCAUCACUUGAUACACUUAGUUAUCUUUCUAAACAAUACAAUGCAUUAAGGCUUUUUGGGAUAGUCUGUGCUUGAGUAUGUGUGUAUGUAUGUAAAUAUAUACAUAUAUAUAUAUGUCUGUGUGUGUAUUUAUGUAUGUAUUUAUAGAGAUAUAUAACCAAAAGUCAUUCCUCAAAAGAUAAAUGGUCAAAGGAGAUAAGCACAAGUUCAUAAAAGAAUUGCAAAAUGUUAACAAGCCAUUUUAAGGAAUGUUUCACAUUACCAAUAAUAAAAGAUUUGCAAAUUAAAAAAAAGAAACCUUUAAGUUGCACAUGACAGCCAAAAAAUUGACAAAAGUUUAAAAAAUAUUGAAAUAAUUGAUGUUGGAGGGUUGUGGCAAGGAUGUUUGUGGAGCUGUGACUCAAUACCAUUUUUUGGACUUUUGCAAAUAGUGUCUGUUGAUAAUUUCCCAUAUAUACUAAAAUAUUUAUAGUAGCAUAUUUUGUGGCAGCAAAGAAAUGGAAACUAAAAAAGAUGGUAAUGUAAAAUAACAUGAUAAUACUUACAUCAUCUAGUCAGAGAAACUUAUUAGGAACCAUUAAACAAUAUACAAAAAUAAUGAAAAGGAAAGAUUCAAAACAAUCAAAAGUGAAUGUUACAAAAUUAUAAAUAAAUAGAAAAGCUUAAAAAAAGAAAAAUAAGAAUACAUUUCCAGAGUAUUAUAUCCUUGCAAAGUUGAGAAAUCCAUGGGUGUAUUGUAUUGUAUAAAUUUUCAUAAUUUUUUAGUGCACUGAUUAUUUUGCUGAUUUUUUCUCUUAUUUUCUUUAAAAAUAUCAUUUCUUAUAUAAACCUGCUCUCUGUUGGAGCUAGGAAGAAGGAUACUAAUUGUGGUAUAUAAAAAUCUAUCAAUUUGUAUAAAUGGAGCUUUUAUACCUUUGAACUUCAUCCCCCAGAAGUCCCUACUAUUUCCCAAAAUUCCCUUUUCCUGAGUCGUUGCAUUUUUGCAUGAUUGUAUUUAAAUGGCUGUAACUCCUUCCUCACUCUCUCUUUGACCUGUGACUGGGCUGAGUUCAGGCAGUUCUUUGCUUUAGUUAUUAUUAAAUAAAACUUUAUGAAAGAUAAAACUUAGUUAUUGAUUAUUAAUUAAAAAACACACAAAUGAAAUAUUUUAAAAUGAUAAAUAGCUUUCAUGGAGAAUAAUCCUCACAGUUCUUAAUGGAGGGUGAAAAUCCAUGAGAAUGCCAUCUGUCUCACUCAUUUUAGAUCCAUCUCUGCCUUAGGAGUAGAAUUGGAAGCUUAAUUUCCUUAAACUCUAGAGGGGCCCCAGAAAAGCAAGUUCAGGCAUGAGUCAUAAGUGAUUCUGUCUAUUGUUCAAGGUUUGAACGAAUAUUGAAGUUCAUCAUAGAAUCUCCCCCAGCACAAUAUCAUGCAGAGAUUUAGAGAUCUAGUUCUGUUCAUAGUUCCUCUGGAGUGAACCUGAAAUCACAAUUCUACCUUGGAACUGCCCUUGAAUUCCAGAAAUUAUCUGAAUUAAAAACAAUUUAGGACUAGAUCAGAUUUUGGGGGACAAAUUCAUGCCAAAGGCAAGACUUGAACUCAAAUCUUUCUCCUUCCAAGGCCAGUUCUCUAUUUUAUUAGACUUUGUUAAAUAUCAUGGGACAAAUCAUAUUUAUCAGCUAUGAGAGUGAGUGUGAUGGAGUUGGAAAAGCCCUGGACCUAUGGACAGAAGACUUGGUUCAAAUCUAAAUUUGCCACACACUAGCUGGGCAAUCAUUGGUAAGGCAUUUCCAAUCACUGGGCACCUAGUUCCGCUUUUUGUCUUGUAAGGGGGACCAGCUGAGGUGGACAAUCUGCCUUAUCAGUUACGAUUUAUUAUCCUGAGUCUUUCAAAGGCGAGGAUGAGCAUUUGUUUCCAAGUAGAAUAAAAAAAAAAAAAAAACCAGAGCUUUUUAAACAACCAUAGUGAGGAUGUUCUAAGGAGACAAUUCACAUCUGUGGACUUGAAGCAUUCCAAAUGAAUCAAAUUUCUUCAUCAUUGGUUUAGAUACGUAAAUACCUGGAAAUGAUCUCCUCCUCCACACACCUGACAAUAUAAGGCACAUUCCCAUUGUAUGUAAAACUCGUGACCUGAACAACCUGCACUUGUACUCAAUCAGUGCUGGACAUUAUUCAAAACCCACUAAACUCCUUUUCUCAGAAAAAAGGAUUUUCCUUGAACUGGAGUCAUUCAUUUCUCUGGGGAAGCAGCUUUCUUGGACCAGGUUUGAGGUUGAGUGCCAGGGUUUCAAAACUUCUGUUCUAAGUGUGAGUGAUUCAGCAUAUCUCAAGAGAACAAUUUCUCUGCCUGCCUGCGUAGGGAGAGCGUAGCCAGAAUGAAUCUGAAAGAGCCUCAUUGUCACUACAGGUGUUAGAAUCUCCCCUAGCACAAUAACCAGGCAGAGAUUUGCCCGCUGUUCCCAUUGUAAAGAAAAGAUUUCAGUAAAGGAGAUUACAGUACAAUUUCUCAAAGAGAUUCUAAUGACAACAACAAAAAAAGGCAUUUGGAGGAAGGAAGGGGAUUUCUGAACUUUCUUCUUUCCCACUGUUCCCUUUUCUGUCUCUCUGUCUCUGUCUCUCUAGCCCCCGCCCCACACACAGAGACACACAACCACACACAACCACACACAAAGAAAGCUUUAUCACGUGUAGCCUUAGGCUUACAGCAAGUUGCAAAGAAAUGGCUCAAAGGCUUGAACUGUUUCUGUUCUCAGGAAGCUGAGAUGCCGUCAGCGCCUUUGCCAAUGUGGCUAGGGUACUGCAAGCUUCAAGUGGAGAGGGACUGGGAGAAGAGAGAAAGGAGAGCAGACUGCCCAAGGCGGGUAGAAACCACAUCCUUCAUCCCCAUUCCCCCCUCUUCCGCUCUGUUUGAUCCUGCCUUACCUCCUCACCUAGGACAGCUCGGUUUAAAUCUCUUCUCCCACUUUUACCUGACGACUGUGGCUCCAGAGCUACAUCGGCUUAGUGAGAGGCAACAGCUCAUUCGCUCCGAUUUCCAUUUCCAGAAUCACAGUGAAGACUCAUUUUUAAAAUGGAGAAUUCAGCAAAAGAAAAUACUCAACUAUUCUUCACAAAAUCUGAACGACCCAUGAACAGGACUCCUUUUAAAUCACAGCCAUCUAUUUCAGAAGGAAAACAACCUUGUUGUGGAGAAUUAAAGGUGUUUCUAUGUGCAUUAUCUUUUGUUUAUUUUGCCAAAGCUUUGUCAGAAGGCUACCUGAAGAGCACAAUCACUCAAAUAGAAAGAAGAUUCGAAAUCCCUACUUCUCUUGUUGGAGUUAUUGAUGGAAGCUUUGAAAUUGGUAAUCUUUUAGUUAUAACCUUUGUUAGCUACUUUGGAGCUAAACUUCAUAGACCCAAGAUAAUUGGAACAGGAUGCCUAAUUAUGGGAGUUGGAACAUUGCUUAUUGCAAUUCCUCACUUCUUCAUGGGACAUUACAGAUAUGAGAAAUUUUCUCCUUCCAAUUCCACCACUGCCAUCUCUCCAUGCCUACAGGAACAUAAUAAAAAAAUAGCAUUUUCAGUCUUGGAAAAAUCUCAAUCAAAAGUAAAUACAGGAUGUGAAAGUGAAACUCAAACCUCCAUGUGGGUCUAUGUCUUUCUGGGAAACCUCCUCCGUGGAAUAGGAGAAACUCCCAUUCAGCCUCUGGGGAUUACCUACAUUGAUGACCAUGCCAGUGAGGACAAUGCGGCAUUCUAUAUUGGGUGUGUGCAGACAGUUGCAAUUAUCGGACCAAUAUUUGGAUUUCUUUUAGGUUCGAUGUGUGCCAAACUAUAUGUUGACAUUGGCUUUGUAAACCUAGACAACCUAGCCAUUACUCCAAAGGACACACAAUGGGUAGGUGCCUGGUGGCUAGGUUAUUUAAUAGCAGGUACCCUAAGUCUUAUUGCAGCUGUGCCUUUCUGGUUCUUGCCAAAAAGUCUCUUGACUCAAAGAGAUACAAAUCUCAUGAGACUUGAAAGCAGAAAAGAUUCCAUUUCUUCUUCUGAAAAAUCAAAAUUUAUUGUUGAAAAUUCCAAGGAAUAUCACAUACACUAUCAAGAGAGAGUGACAAUGCUAGAAAUGGCAAGAGAUUUUCUGCCUUCAUUGAAGAGGCUUUUUGGAAAUCCCGUGUACUUUUUAUACUUGUGUGCAAGUACUGUUCAGUUUAAUUCUUUAUUUGGAAUGGUCACAUAUAAGCCCAAGUAUAUUGAGCAACAAUAUGGACAAUCAUCUUCGAAGACAAAUUUUGUUAUAGGACUUAUCAAUAUUCCUGCAGUAGCCUUUGGAAUGUUCUCUGGAGGACUAGUUAUGAAAAAAUUCAGGAUCACUCUAUUUGGAGCUUCAAAACUCUACCUGGGAUCUUUAUUUUUUGGUUACCUCCUACUGCUUUCCCUGUUUGCAAUAGGCUGUGAUAAUUCUGAUGUUGCUGGCCUAAGUAUCUCCUACCAAGGAACCAGGCAAGUCUCUUAUUAUGAACAAGCUCUCCUUUCAGAUUGCAAUUCAGGAUGUACAUGUUCCCAGACAGAAUGGGAUCCUAUCUGUGGAGAAAAUGGAAUCACUUAUGUUUCUGCUUGUCUCGCUGGUUGCCAAAGUUCCACUGGAAGUGGGAAAAACACUAUAUUUUACAAUUGCACCUGCAUAGGAAUUACAGAAUCUAAAUCAGGAAAUUCCUCAGGAAUAGUGGGCAGAUGUCAAAAAGGAAAUGACUGUUCAAAAAUGUUUCUAUAUUUCCUGGUGAUAUCAGUCAUCACUUCAUAUACUUUAUCUGUAGGUGGCAUACCUGGGUAUAUAUUGCUUCUGAGGUCUAUUAGCCCACAUUUUAAGUCUUUUGCUCUGGGUAUUUACACUUUAGCAAUAAGGGUCUUUGCUGGAAUCCCAGCUCCAAUAUACUUUGGAGUGUUGAUAGACACAACAUGUCUUAAAUGGGGAGUUAAAAAAUGUGGAUAUCAAGGAGCUUGCAGAUUAUAUGACUCUUAUACCUUUAGAUAUAUAUAUCUGGGCUUAACCAUGUUACUAGGCACCAUGUCUACUUUCCUGAGUAUUGCAAUGCUUUUUGUUUUAAAGAGGAGAUCCGUUUCUGAAAAUGGAAACCUUGAAAACAGUAAAGAUGAAGCAAUGGAAUCUACGAGUAGUAAGAAAGAACAUCUUACUCACAAUGACCAUAUUUUUGAGACUUUCUAUUGGCCAGGCAAAGAAACAGAGCUUUAGAGCAAAGUGAAGUCCUGGAGGGGGAGGAUGAUUGUAUUUUUAGACAUAUCUCCAGUGAUUAACAUAGAGACUGGCAUAUGUAUAUAUAUAAUAAAUGCUUAAUGACAGAAUAAUAGCAAUUUGAAAGAUCAUACAUUUCAGCAUUGAAGGAAAUCUGCACAUAUGCCUAGUUCCACUGAUUCUUAAUUCAUUUAAGUCUCUUCACUUCAAAAUAUGCUCUCUAUAUAAUUGUAAUUAUAAAUAUUGACUUAGAAUUUUUAUGUGAUGCCAAAAAAAUAAUAAAGUUCAUCUUUAGGAUAUUCAAAUGCUAAAGUUUAUAAAAACAACAAAAGCUCUUUAAUCAAAACUCCUUAUAUCAAUACUUAACCAAAGUCAUUCAUGCUUGAUGAAUUCGGUCUUGAACCUAACAGGAAAUUGAUUUAGAAAAGAAUCUUCAGUUUUAAAUAAUAUUGCCUAUUUAUAAUUUUUCAAGUACUUCAUUUAACUUUGCAUUUCACAUGACCAUAAAUAAAUAUUUUUGAAAUUA